GAGCACUGGGAAGUUGCUCGACUGUUGAUGGAUGCCGGCGCAGCGAAGGACCAGGCGCUUUGUCUGGCCUCUGCCAGGGGGCAGGCGGCCGCAGUGCAGUUUUUGCUGGAUGCGGAGACGGACAUCGAACAAGGCAACUCCAUGGGGGAGACUCCACUGUUUCUCGCACUCCUCCACGGCCACUGGGAGGUGACGCGCCUCCUGACGGAUGCUG